AUGUUCGAUAUAGAUGAUGUCCCUCCCGUCAACGGCCCCGGCUCCGAAAUAGCCCCCGAUUCUUCCGACCCCAACGCCGACCUCUUGACCGGCGUACAAAACGUCACGGCAGAACAAUUCAGAGACUAUGACAAGUUGACUAUAGGUACAUCCCCUGUCGUAGCUGACAAUGGUGAGCCCAACGCCGACCUCUUCAGUGCAACACAGCAGACCACAGAAGAAGAAGCCAACGACGACGACCUCUACACUCGCCUACAAAGCAUCACAGACGAACAACUCUUAGAAUACGAAUACGACAUGCUCGAACUAGGUAUCCCUCCUCUCGUAGAACCCGACAUAGACCCCGAUUCUUCCGACCCCAACGACGCCCUCUUCAUCCGCCUACAAAACAUCACGGCACAACAACUCCGAGACUACUAUGACUCGCUUGAUACAGAUAUAGCCCCUGUGGGCACCGACGAUUCCAAGCCGCCCAACGCCGACAUCUUAGGUGACAUCCUACCGACCGUCGAAGAAGAGCCCAACGCCGACAUCUUCAUUGGCCUAGAGCACACAGAGGAACAGCGCCAAGACUACAACAAGCUCAAAGACCUCGCAGCCAAAGUUGCCCGGUCGAAAGCUCUACUCGCCGAGUAUGAAGCACGGGUAGGGUUGGCCAGGGACUUGGUAAGGCAGCCGUGGACACUGGAGACGGAGCGAAAGAUGGAGCAGCUGCAACAUCUUAUGCGAUGGGUGGAUGCGGCGAAGCAGGCGUACAAUGAAUUCGAUGCAAAGGUUAAGCUAAAGUACUCGCGCGAUGUGUAG